AUGCAGCUAGCAGAGGAGCCAUACAACUACUUGCAGAAAAAGGUCGGGUCGAUUCUAGGGGAGCUAAUUUCCGAGCUGAACCAGAACGUGACCGAGUUUAAGAAAAUGUCGAAGAAGGCCUACGAGGUGGAGGAGGCUAUUUUGCACAGCAGGGGCAACUACAUAAAAGUCAGCCGAGAGGUGGAGGACGAAAUGAAGAGGCAAAAUGAAAUAGAGAAAAUUCUGGAGUACUUCGAGGCUGAAACAGACAAGCUGAAGCUGAAGCUGCAGAGCAUUCCCUGCGAAACAGACACCGCCAAUAGGCCCUGCUAUGCAGCACUGGGCGACAUAGGGACUCUCCUCACAGAGUUCAACGAACUUGUUUCCCUUCUUGACGUAGGUGUGCCCAACAAGAUAAACAUCCUUCUAAACAGGAACAUAAAUUUGGUCAACCAAAUAGAGGAAAAGACUGAGCAGGCGCUUCGUAAGUAA